UUUCAUGUAGGAAAUGGCUUCUGUUGACCACAGCGAAGAUGGUGAGGAUAAUGUGGAUUUAAUUAAUUUUAAAGAGCCUGAUCCUGUAGUGGCUAUAAACAAUCUUUUCACCCUUUUCUCGGGCAUUGAUUUUAACACUGAUGAACAUAAACGUCAUGUCGCCAUACGUCAAAAGCUGGGCACAAGUUACAAUUUUGAAAUGAGAUGUGAGGCCAGGAGAUUGAGAUCUUUCCAAUCACUUCACAAAGUGUCAUGUUGGUGUCCAAAAGAGAUGGCCAGCGCUGGGCUAUAUCUCACUGGUGUCAGCUACAGUGUCCAGUGCUUUUGCUGUGGGAUUGUGUUCAGCUGCAAACCUUUAAGAACCACACCAAGAAAAUAUCAUGCAAAUCACAACCCAGCCUGUAGUUUCAUAAAAGGAGAAGACAUGGGCAAUAUUUCUAAAUACGAGGUGAGGGUUCAACCUUCACCGACUGACCAAGAAUCUCUACAGGAAUAUUCAACAGAGGAAUCCAGAUUAAACUCUUUCAUAAACUGGCCCUUCUAUGCCAGGAUUCAACCUGCUCAACUUGCCAGUGCGGGAUUCUUCUUUACUGGUAGGAGAGACACUGUGCAAUGUUUCUCCUGUGCUGGCUGCCUAGGACACUGGCAGGAACAUGAUGACCCAUGGAAGGAACAUGCCAAAUGGUUUCCUGAAUGUGAUUUUCUCACACGUAAGAAAACUCCUGAUGAAAUCAAAGCAUAUGUGUCAUCCUACAGUGGAUUUGAAGGAGUCACAGGAAAACAUUUCUUUCUUGCUUCUGGUGAUAAGACUCUUCCAACUGAACCAGGCACGACCAGCUGGAACAUCUUUGAGGAUGAGAACGUCCGUUUAGAGUCAUUUAAGAGAUGGCCUCUGGAUGCCAACGUACAGCCUGCUGCACUUGCCAGGGCAGGACUUUUCUACACAGGAAUAUCAGAUACCGUGAGGUGCUACGUAUGUAAUAUCAGCAUUUAUGCAUUUGAAUCUGGGGAAGAUGGAUGGACAGAACAUCUGAAGCACAGCCCUAACUGUGAAUUUUUGCAAACAAGAUGCGAAAGAAAGCCAAAAGCUAUGGAAACUGCAAGAGAUGCAGACAACCAACAUUUACAGCUUGCAGAAAGAAAAGAAGUUAUUCAUGAUAAAGAUAGUGGUUUGAACAUCCAAAAGGAAGAUUGGUCUGUUAAAGCAACUGAAUUAAGACAAUGUCUUCUGGAUCUGUACAGUGAUUCUAGAUUCAAGAAAUUAGCACCAUAUCCAGACUCCUCCCAUGUUUCUGUAGAUCUCAGCUCAUUGUUUGCAGAUAUUUCUGUUGUGUUGAAGGACACUAGAAAUCAUAUAGUGCGUCAGCUUACAUUGCCAGACAUCCUGUCAGAGCUGAGGGAUAUCACUAUGAUAGAAGGAGAAGCUGGCAGUGGAAAAACAGCUCUACUCAGGAAGAUUGCCAUCCUCUGGGCCUCAGGGAGGUGUCCUGUUCUAAGCAGGUUCAGCCUUGUGUUUUAUAUCUCUCUGUCCUCCACUGAGAGCCAACAUUCCCUGAGUGACAUCAUCUGCCAGCAGCUGAUGGGAUCCACAACAUCUCUUACUGAAGAGACCCUGGGGAACAUCAUAAAUCAAUUAAAAAAUCAGGUCCUGUUUCUCCUUGAUGACUAUGGUUUGAUGGACUCCAGUCCAGGAUCCAUAGAAGAACUUUUAUUGAAGAACCCCUGGAACAGAGUGAGUCUGGCAGUCACAGUGAGAACUGACAAGGGGUGGAAGCUGCGUCAGUAUGCAAGGAACAUACUGGGCAUCCAGGCCUUCCCCCUCUAUAGCUCAAUAUAUAUUUUUAGGCAACUCUUGUCACAUAAUAUGCCAUUCAUUGAGCGCUUCAUGGUGAAUGUGGGUAUGUCCAUCACAUUUCAGGCUGCUUUAAAGACCCCUCUUUUUACCUUCUCUCUCUGUAUUUUUUGGGUGCAAGACCCAAAUGAAGAAAUAGCAGGGGAAACAGCUAUAUGCAAGUCCUAUCUGAUGCACAGCAUGCUAAAACAUCCCACUGAGACAGAGAGAAUCAAAUCUGUGCUUACGACAUGUGGAGAACUUGCCCUGCGAGGCAUCUUCCAAUCACACUUUACAUUUACUCAAAGGGACCUUGAUGAAUCGGACGUGAAUACCAAUGAUGCUCUCCAAUUUGGCAUAUUGAGUAUGUUCACAUCACAAAGACUCCACCCCAUUUUCAAGUUCUUCCAUCCCUCACUCCAGGAGUUUUUGGCUGGGAGUAGGAUGCAUGAACUUCUGCAAUCUGGAGAAAAAGCAGACAAUCAAAGAGGUUUGUUAUACCUGCAGGAAAUUAAUACCUUCUUAAAAGUUGUUGGUCGUUACAACUAUUUCUUGAAGCACUCAUGCAUGCAUUCUCCUGAAACGACUAAGAUGAUCAUUUCACACCUGUUCAAUUUAUUGGAUUCAAGUGAGGCAUUUGAUUGUCAGAGAGAAUCAAAGCUUUACCUGGAACACCACCCUGAGCUACAGAGCUUAGAACAAGUACUGAUUUUUGUAACUACCUUCAAUUUAGGCUUCCGUUAUGGAUAUGUGAUCAAUGUAUUACUGGAGUUUGCUAUUAACAUAGCCAAUGAGAGUAAAUAUAUGACUUCCUGUGCUCCCAUCAUUUUGCACUUUCUCAAAGGAAAAACCAUGUCGGUCAGUUUGCAACAGCCACAAUUUUGUCUGCUUAAAUUUCUGCACAGUUAUCCAGAAGGACUGCAGUUAAUACAGAGCCUGGAGAUAGUUGUACCUCACAGACAACAGGAUUCAAGCCUUGACGUUUGGAACACAGAGAGCUUUGCAUCUAUUUGGAAUGUACCCACAGUUGACAUAGACUAUUCCAAUGCCUUUCAGCUUGUUUCAGAUACUCUAGGAAAGAAACCAAAGUUUAAGGAUGCAAAUAUAAAAAUUGCUGAUCUGUCCACAUUUUGCUUCAACCAGGAUAUCCAUAGAAUUCCUGUGCUAAGAAUUAAAUCCCAUGGUCGUCCUGUAGAGAAUGAAAACAUCCUAGUGAAUAUUAUGUCUUUCUGCCGUCUCUCCAUUCACAUUGAACUGGACCUGAUGAAUUGCCCAGGAUUUCUAAACAGUAUCUCACCAUGUUUUGAUCAAUACAAAGAGUCCAUUGUGAAGUUCAGAAUAAUCUCUGUAGAGCUGACCAGAGAGGAACAAGAACUGAUUACACAUCUGACUUCACUGCAAAGUCUGCAAAUAACUGUCAAACUACUACCAGAGUACUUACUUUUCAACAUACACCAUCUGAAAGAGCUGAAGGAAAUUAUGCUGGAAUGCUCAGAUGGUGAAUGGGAUUUAAUUGAGAUUUUCCCUGAUGAAUUUAAAAGCCUGAACAGAAUUGAAAAACUAGUGUUUAAAAAUGUUAAUAUGAAAGGACAGACCUCCCGAUUAGCAGAGUUUAUUGAGGAGUUCUCCAAUCUGAUCUCCUUCACACUGAGCUCUAAGUGGUGCCCUGAGGUUGAGAAGCUUAUUACUUCAUUGUGUCACAAUGGAAAAAUGCAGGAAUUCUGUUUAUUGGAGUAUCCAUUAUGGGACAAGCAGAUCAUCCAUCUGGCUUUGGCAUUACCAUCUCUUACAAAUCUCAACAUUUUGGAGAUUGAAUUUAACUAUUCUGUGAAAGCUGAAGCAACAAAUAAUUUUGCACCUGCUCAAAAGCAGGCUGAUAAACUGAGGGUAAGUAAAUCUUCACCUUCACAGGCUACACAUGAGGCAGAGGAGGAUUCAUCAGAAGAUGAAGGCUCAAUUAAUUCUACUUCAGCAUACGAAGAGGAGGAAGAAGGUCUCAGCUCAAUGGCUAUAGCUAAGUUAAUUAGAGCCAUGAAAGCCAUUCUUUCCUUAGAGGAUUCAGCAGAGCCUGUGUUAAAAUCCAAGUUCCAGACUCUACCCUUUGAGUUAGCCACAGCCCCCCAGAGUAUUUACCAAGAUUAUGGUGGUUAUGGCAGCUUAUCUCCGCCAGCAGGGGAUAAGAAUUUUUCCAUACCUCAACGAUCUUUUAAUCAUGGCACAGUCACAGGAAUUGCUCCUAUCUCAUCUCCAAGAGAUAAUAAGAUGUCUACAGAAACCUGGGUGGCUCAUAAAUUGGGCAAAAUCGUUUCUGUGUCCGUCACAGCGGAUGACUCACUUGGGGGCUGUUCUGGAUUCUGGUCUACAGAGAGUAAUUUUACCUCGAAACAAGAUAUCCAAGGUACAGUCAAGGAUUCAAGACUUGCUACUUGGUCAAAUAAUAUCCAUUCACGCAGUAAUGCGAGUAAUAGGGUUGAUGGUGUCAACAUUCGAUAUGGUGGAGUAUGCACAAUUCCACUGGAGGCUUCUGCUGUGUUUGAUUCUUGCCAAAUGGAAUGGACUACAUCAGACAAUAAAGAAACUAUGGUACUUUCAGUAAAAGUAAGUAGGUCAUUAGCCUGGUGGCUACAGACAUUCCAUCUGGACAAGGGGAGACCCUUUUGGAUAUCAGAUUGGGAGGUUCUGACAACAGAUGCCAGCCUCCAGGGCUGGGGAGCAGUAUCCGGAAGGUUGUGCUUCCAGGAACAAUGGUCCAAAGAUGAAAGUUGCCUGCCAAUAAAUGUGUUGGAACUUUGGGCCGUAUACAUGGCACUAAUUCAGGCAAAGAACAUUCUACGAGGAGCUCCAGUCCAGAUCCGCUCGGACAAUGCGACGGCAGUAGCGUACCUCAACCAGCAGGGAGAAACUCGCAGCCAAAAAGCAAUGAAGGAGUUAACACACCAUUCAGGCAAACGAAUGGGCUCUACACCCGAAGGUCUUCAAGACUCUAGUAGACAAAAGGGGGUUGCCAGAGAUAGAUCUCAUGGCAUCCCAUCUGAACAACAAAGUGGCCGCAUACGGGUCAAAAACAAAGGAUCCCAGAACAAUCGUUCUGGACACCUUGUCGGUUUGAUGGGACUUUCAUCUAGCUUAUGUGUUUCCUCCGAUCACCCUGUUACCCAGGGUGCCGAAGCUCUGCCGUCUCUAAAGCUCCUGGAAGAAUUUUGUCUCCCGGGUGGAGAUGCAGUGAGGGAAACAAUUACAUGUUUUAUACAGCAGUUCCAGUAUAUGCCCAAGCUCAGGAAGCUCAUCAUCAACCGUAGAUUACUGAGUGACAGCAGCCUACUGGAGUUAGCGAAAGUGUGCGCAGAUGGCCAUUUAAGAAAUCUACAGAAUCUCAAUCUUGACAAUAAUCUCAAUGUCACACAGACUGGAUGGAGAGACUUCUUCCAAAUUUUAGAUAAUCUGCCAAUAUUGAAUGAACUCAAUAUUUCAAGAGUGUAUUCUCAUCAAUUUAAAACAGACCCUGUAACUCUGAUUGCCUUAGUCCAGUGCGUGUCCAGGCUUCAUAGCUUGAAUAAGCUAGUCAUGUUUGGAUGGCUCCUGGACGACAAAGAUAUUGAGAUGUUUAAUGCAAUGAAAUUGAAACAUCCACAGGCAAAGAGCCUAAUGCUUAUGUGGCAAUGGAUACUGCCAUUCCCUUCAAUUGUCACAGAAUAAACAAUAAUUUUUCUCUGCCUGUUAUAGUUCCUGCCUGUAUAAACAUUGCCUUAUUCUAAGGCCUCUAUGUAUUGAUAUAUUGGGCAUGUUUGGGAUUUGUAUGGAAACCUGACAGUUUAUGACGCACAAAACCAAUGGUUGGUGCACUGCGUAAGUGCAGAACAAGCCCUGCGUGAUCAAUCACUGUCCACCUUUUGGGGUAUGAAGCGGGGAUGACAACUGGUACCAUUCUACAAAAUGGCCGAGGCAUGUUGCCCCUGUUUGGUAGGUGUGCAGAGCCCAGGGUCUCCGUCAUCCACACUUCCUGAACCUUUGGCAGAGGAGUAAACUUUGGCUUAUGCAGACGGCCAAGGGCUGAGAUCAUUGCGACCAUGGGUGAUCCGAUGCUACAUCUUCAGAAACGGCACUUAGAUCGCACAUGCUGGCAGGAGCGGUCUAUUACCUACAGACGCCUCCUGCAGCAUUACCAUAUUAGUUGUACAUUAUUGCACAGCCGUUGGCAGCUAUGUAGUACUGUGCAUAUUGCAGUCAGGCAGAUUCUUAUUGUUUUAAAAUGUCCAAAUUGUCUACACACAACAGAAGACAAAUGAUUUGUUCCAUUAACUUCUUUUCUAUUCCAUUCACUAGAAAUUAAUGACAUAUAUAUGUAUGUAUUUGUGUGUGUGUGUGUGUGUGUGUGUGUGUGUGUGUGUGUGUU